CACUAAUCCUGGUUCAUGUGCACGUCACACGUGCUCCUGGCUGCUGGCAACUGUGGCCCUGCACACACCACACGGCAUAAAAGGCUCACAAGGCGAGGCGACGCUUCAGUCACUUGUCUCCUGCACUGCACAUCUCGCUCAAUGGCUCACCUCUGCCCUCCGCCUCAGCGUCUUCCACCGUUGCUACUGCUGCUGCUGUUAGUGAACUCCGCCCUCGCUGAUGGCAGACACGAGUGCGAGCGCCCCUGCGUGGAGGGCGAGACUCGCACCUGCUACUACCACUUCCACGCGCAGCAGUACUACACGAUGAGCCGCGCCUGCUACAGCUGCCCCGACAACCUGGACGACUGCUCGCGGGAGGAAUGCAUCGUCGCGGACGGCACAAAUCCGGUGCUGGCCAUCAACCGCCAGAUGCCAGGCCCUUCCAUCCAGGUAUGUGAGGGGGACCACGUGGUGAUUGACUUGGAGAACGGCUAUAUCAGCGACACGGAGGCGCUGCACUUCCACGGCAUGGCCAUGACCGGCUACCAGUACUACGACGGCGUGCCCUUCCUCACCCAGUGCCCGGUGCUCCCUUCCACCUUCAGAUACCAGUUCUUAGCUACGUGCAUCGGCACUUACUUAUGGCACUCCCACGUCGGUGUACACCGCGUCAGUAUCUUUGGGUCCAUAGUGGUGCGGCUGCCAGAAGACCCCCACCGCGGCCUGUACGACCAGGAUCUGUAUGAGCACGUGCUGGUGCUGAGCGACUGGGACCACACACCUGUCGAGACCACCUUCUGGGGCAACCACCACGUCGGAAACUUCGCCUUCCCCAAGAACAUCCUCAUCAACGGCAAAGGACGCGACCCGAACUCAGAGGUACUGCUACCCCUGGAGGUGGUGCGGGUGAAGCCUGGCUUAAGAUACCGUAUGAGGUUCAUUGACGGCGGCGGCGGCGACUGUCCCAUGAUAGUCUCUGUGGAUGGGCACCGCAUGACCAUCAUCGGUAUGGACGGGACUUCCAGCGCGCCUUUCACUGUUGACUCGUUCAUCAUGCUCUCAGGUGAAAGAUAUGACGUGAUUCUGGAAGCAAACCAACCCGUGGGUAACUAUUGGAUAAGAGUCAACGGCCUUGGUCUAUGUGGCAUCGUGCAGGCUAAACAGGGCGCCAUCCUGCGGUACGAGGGAGCUCCUGAAGAAGACCCUACAGAGACCUUCGAGUACGACCCUAAUCCCAUAGGCGUGACUGUGAACCCCCUGAAGCCUGACCCUUACGCCCCGAACCUGGUCAGCAUGGUUUCGAUGAGCUCCCUGCAGCCCUUCGUCUUGGACGAGAAAGUGGACAAGAAGUUCUACCUCGCCUUCAACUUCAACGCUGUCAACGCCACUCCCUUCUUCAACCCUGAGCUAUACCCAUACAACAGGGUCCCACCGAAGUUCCAGAUACCAACACCUCAAGUGAACGGCAUCACCUUCAUCUACCCUCCCUCACCGCCGCUCUCCCAGCCCGACGACCCGCAGCCCACCGUGUGUCUGUACGGCGAGGAGCCGCCGUGUGACGGGGACUACUGCGCCUGCACCUACGUGCUCGAGGCGGAGCUCGGGGACAAGGUGGAGUUCGUACUGAUUGACGAGGGCAAUUUCAUCAACUCCAGCCACCCCUUCCACCUGCACGGCAAAAACUUCCGCGUGGUGGCCAUGGGACAGCUCGGAGACCAGACGUCCGUAGCUGAGGUGCAGGCGCUGGACGAGGCUGGGCACAUCAAGAGGCGCUACGAAGACGCCGUGGAGAAGGACACAGUCAAUAUUCCCCAUGGAGGGUACACCAUUGUCAGGUUCACCGCUGACAACCCAGGCUGGUGGGCGAUGCACUGCCAUCUGGUGGACCACUCUGAGAUGGGCAUGGUGGGUGUCCUGCACGUGGGCACCCGCGAGGACGUGCCUCCAGUACCAAAAGGCUUCCCGACCUGCGGCCAUUUUGUGCCGUAGGUGCUGAGUGAGGGGGGCCUCUCUGCUGCAGGACGACCUGGCUGUGUGAGUGACCUGACGAUGCUGACGACUCUAGACGACUUGUGGUGGCGAGAGCGGUGGGUUGGUAGCGUGGUGUGGUGCGGUGGUGACUGAUAGAAGUAUGGUGAAGUGGUGAUGACAGUGAGUGUGGUGGUACAAGCGCCAGCAGCGUGUCAUGGACGUGCCUCGAGUUCCAUCAAGGACCCGGGAUUGAGUAACUGACUGACUGACUGACUGACUGACUGACAGAGUGUAAGUCUUACCGCUACAUCAAUGAGGGUUGAGGCACGGUGAGGUGAUCGGGUUACAUUGUCUCGUCAGACACUCAAGUAGCACAGGAAUUGAUCUGACGUGACGAUACCUGGUGUUGCUGUGACAUUUUGGUGUUGUUGAUGUUAUUGUUGUUGUUACUCUUGCUUGAACUAGUGUAUGCACUUUGCACAAAACAUGAUUUAUGUAAAGGAGGUAGAAAAAUAUAAACUGAUUUUCUUAAUUUAUAUUAUACGCCUUUUCCUUGAGAAAUAUCUUUGAUUUCCUCAGUAAUUCUGUUCCUUUAUUUGUAAGACUGUCACUCGUGACAUAAAUGUAAUGCUUGAAAUAUAAGAAGACACCAUAAAGAGGAAAAAUGAAA